AUGACCUCUGCAGGCGAGAGCAGCACAGGCGGAACGGACCUGGACGAGGCCGGGGCCAGUGGUGGUAGUCGGAGAGUACCGCUGUACAAGGUCUACCCAUCGUCCAACCACUACGGGUGCGGCGGCCGAGCUGUGGCCGGGCCGGACUGGCACACCUUUGCCAUUGCCUUUGCCGCGACGGUCAUCCCACAGAUCGUGUUUGUUGCAGGACUGAUGGACGACGUGGCGGAGACGCUGGCGACGACGACGGCCGGGCGGGUCGUACUGGUGAUUGCGGUGCUGGCGGUGCUGGCGGUGAUGGACAUCUCGCUAGUGCUUGCGCGGUACACUGAUCCCGGGAUUGUGCCGCGGCAGGCGCGGGCCGAUGACGAGGCGCGGGUAUGGACCCGCGCCGAGGGCGAGCUUGUGGAGGCGCGCGAGGUGGUUGUCGGCAGAGAGGGCGAGACCGUGGCAGCCAACUAUUGCGAGACAUGCCGGUUGUACCGGCCGCCACGAGCCUCGCACUGCGGGGUGUGCGAUAACUGCGUGCUCCACUUUGACCACCACUGUCCGUGGACCGGCAACUGCGUCGGGCUCCGCAACUACAAGUACUAUCUGGCGUUUGUGUGGUCGACCACGCUCGGCCUCACCCUCAUCAUUGCGCUCUGCCUCAGCUACCUCUUUGAAGUCUCAUCAGGCUCGGAGCAGACCGCGCUCGGCCAAGCCGGAAGCGGCGGGCGACCAACGCUCGCGCUCGUUCUCAUUGUGUACGCGGUCAUCAUUGUGUGGCCGGUCGGAGGCCUUGCCGUCUUUCACAUCUACCUUGUCGCGGCUGGUCGGUCAACCAAGGAGACGAUCAAAGGCCUUCCGUACCAGCUGUACGGCUCAUCUGGCUGGCGCAACCUGGCGCGGGUGCUCUGCAUGCAUCCUCCAGCUGCGCUCGACUUUACCUCCCUUGUCCCCGCUGCGUCGCGGGCGUAUCGCGACGAGGACGACGAAACUCGUGGCUCGUCGUUCGUCGACGCGACCGAGUCGGAUGCCACCAUACCAGUCCUUACCUUUACCGACGAAGAGUACGCGGCCACCGCGGCCGUCGCAGCGCCUGCCAUGGAUUCCAUCUCGUCGUCGAGCUCGUUGUCGAGCUCGAUCUCCGGCGUAGCGGUCGCCGGCAGGAGCCGCGAGGCUGCGCUCGAGGCCAAUGCAAGGGCGCGGGCCCAGGCCUCGACCCGGGCCCUUGACAACAGCUCGGAUCUAGGGCCGACUGGCGUCGAGGCCAUGGUUGCCCCGAUCUAUCGCGAGCGGCUCGCGGCGUUGCUCUCGGAAUCGAGCGGCUCGUCGCGUACCUCGUCCGAGUCAGCAAGCGCACCGACCAGCGAGCUCGUCUACCUCAGCUCAUACCAGUUCACCUCGCGCAUUCUUGCUCGCGAACGAAGCAGGCAGCAUGGAGAAAGCAGGUCAACGUAAAGAAGUUGCGAGCG